UUGCAACAUUAUCAAUCCAUGCGUCACAGCACUGUGACGUUCGCCAUCACAAUUUUCGUAACAAACAAAGUUUUCCACGACGAAAUCUAGAAAUUCAUUAGUGCCGUUGCUGAAGCGCAGGCAGGGCAGCGUCGAGCGUGAUGUAAGGGCUCGUUACGAGCGAGCGUCCAUGUCCGAUUCGCAAGCGAUAGGCCAAGGGGCCAUGUUAGAUACACGUAGGCAUUUUUUCUACCCUGACAGCAGUAGUGACACAGAAGAGUACAGAAGGGACGCAGAAGAACGUCGUAAGCGUCUUUCUAAGCGCAACGGGCCGGGUUUAAGAAGAGUUAUAUCAAAUAUGCCACCAAAAAAUCAAGCGCCCAAUACACCGAUGCCGUCUACGUCCAGUCAGGAACCGCCGAAAAAUGGGCAAAAAAAUCAGAUGUGUGAUGAUAGAAUUACUCUUGUGGUGGAUAACACGCGGUUCGUGGUCGAUCCCGCCCAGUUUACCGCUCAUCCAAACACGAUGCUGGGAAGGAUGUUUAGUUCUGGUAUCGAGUUCACCCAUCCAAACGAGCGUGGUGAAUACGAAGUGGCUGAGGGCAUAUCCGCUACCGUGUUCCGUGCUAUCCUGGAAUAUUACCGCGGUGGUACCAUCAGAUGUCCGCCGACGGUCUCCGUGCAGGAGUUGAGGGAGGCCUGCGAUUAUCUGCUGGUGCCUUUCGACGCUAACACUGUCAGAUGUCAAAACCUCCGUGGACUUCUCCACGAACUAUCUAACGAGGGUGCUCGUCGGCAGUUCGAGAGUUUUCUGGAAAGGCUCAUCUUGCCAUUGAUGGUGGAGUCCGCCCAGCGAGGCGACAGGGAGUGUCACGUCGUGGUGCUGCUGGACGACGACUCGGUGGAGUGGGACGAGGAGUACCCCCCACAGAUGGGUGACGAGUACAGUCAGACGGUGCUAUCGACUCCCUUGUAUCGGUUCUUCAAGUACAUCGAAAAUAGAGACGUCGCCAAGCAAGUAAUGAAAGAACGCGGCCUCAAAAAGAUACGCCUCGGUGUAGAAGGGUACCCGACUUACAAGGAGAAAGUACGCAAACGACCUGGGGGCAGAGCUGAAGUCAUAUACAACUACGUCCAGCGACCCUUCAUCCACAUGUCGUGGGAGAAGGAAGAAGCCAAGAGCCGGCACGUGGACUUUCAAUGCUUCAAGUCCAAAUCCGUCACGAACCUGGCGGAGGCGACCGCUGAUCCAGUAAUCGAGCUGGAACCGAACAGAGCGAGGGAGGAGCUCGAGGUCCAGGAUCCGGGGGAGGUACAGGAGGAGGAGCAGUGAUUAUUGGUGCCGCGGAAAGCGGUGAGGAUAUUAAUGGCAUUCUUUUGCUGGUACUCGAUGUGACUUAUGGAGGUACGGGAGGAGGGAUGGACAGUGAUAGUUCGGUAUUUGUAACGGUUGUGUUUAGUUGGAAUUUAUAUAUCGGGCCCAUAGUGUACUUGCGACGUGUUUGUCUGCUGCCGUUGGGUAAAUGUGAGGGACACGUAAUGAGAUAAAAAUGAGUCUGAAAUGAAGAAUAAAUAUAAUAAAGGCUAAUGAAUCAAGUCAAUCAUUAGAUAGAAAAAACAAAGCGCGGUCGACGGUCGCCAUGUUUGUUUUGGUGACGUCAUGAAGGUCAAAAUAACGUCUAACAAUGAUCAACAUGUUCUUUGUGACGUGUUGUAUUUUAAAUCGCUUGUCGCGCUUAAAGCGUAACGUAUACACAAUUGGGUUACUUGGGUUGUCAAUUGGGUUACUUUGUCCAUUUUAAUUCUCAUAUAAAGUGUAGUUUUUUUUAUAUUUAAAGAUA